AUGAAACAGGUUGAGUUGAUAUACCAGAAACUCCCUGACAUCAUACGAGAUAUUUCACAACCACCAACUACCCAUCUAAAAGACGAUUUGAAUGAUGUUUUGAUCGAUUCAAUACUUGACAGUGUUCUUGUCGAUGGUCCAUUAAAAGAGUACAUCGCCUUUAUACACUUCUAUCAAAAGCAAAAACAAAAUACUUGGGUGUAUCACUUACAAAAGGCGAUGGAAUGUACAAACGCGUUUGAUUCUUUUGAAGAACAAAUCCUUCCAAACAGUCGAACUGUCAUUUUCCUUUUCAGUCGAAUUUCGUUCGUCUCCGUUUUAAAUACCACCGAUACGAACAAAACAGACGUUGCGAAGUAUAUGACAACCCAUGACGUUGUAUACUGCGAAGGAAAUUUUGCGAUUCUUCUUUCGGAAGUGUUGAAUACUUUUGUCGAAGUACUUCCCAGCACUGCAUUCACUUUUGAAUUCUACCAAAAAAUGCUUUUAUACGCAUUUAUGGACCGCUUUGACAUCUUCCAGUUGGUCGAAAAGAGUUUACCAAACAACGACAUUUCGCUUUUGUUGUCUUCAUUCUGCGACACGUCGUAUCUCCAACUUCUGAAGAAAAAUCAUUUGAAAUAUCGUAAAAGUGUUCUUUGGCCCUUUCUCGACUUCUUUCUUGUCAACAACAACACGCCACUCUCGUGCUACCAGAACUCUUCAGAGAUGAUUUCAUUGUAUAUAACACACCUCUCUCAUCUUCCUGUGAUCUCAACCGAAGAAGAUCAAUGUCGAGAAUUUCUGAAGAACUACACGUGUAAUAGAAAAAGUCUGAUGGUAUUACCAAACACGUUACACGCCAUUCCACGAGUCAACUUUGAGAAGGGUGUUCAUUACUUACUGCAGUCGGUGAACACCGAAAAUGUGAAACGGAUACAAUCGAAAUACAAGACAAUCGAUGAAGCACUGACUUCCAUCAAAUCAUUCGACAAAUGUGUUCGUGGUUCCACAACAACGUUGUUAUGGAUAUCAUACGAUAUCGACAAGGAGGAGGUUGCUAUCGCGCAAUUCCUUCACAAAUUACACAACUUGUCUGUAUCGGACCAACUCCUCACUUUGUUAUCAUUAUGUGAAGUAACAAUGACGUAUGACACGUGCGCGUUAUUGCUUGAAAAGAAUAUGGGAGUGGAAUAUGUUAAGAGGCGGAUCGAGACGAAAUUGGAUCAUAUCAACAAGUGCCUCAAGAUCUUAGGCGAGAUGAAAAACAGAGCGGAGCUGUACCAUAUUAUAUUUGCUCUGAAACAUAUGGCCAAAACAUUUCCCGUGCCUCAAUGGUUGCCGCUGUUGUUUGCCAUUGAGUUAUCUAAACCCGAAUUAUUUGACAUUGUUCAGUUCACUCUCAUCGAAACAAUCACACUCGAGACAAUACCAAACUACCAACUCAUUGAAAUAUUAAAAUCCGGUCUUGUUGGCGAUGAAUUGACUGUCGCUGUGCUGAUCGAAGCAAUGAAAUGUGUACAGAACAAUUGUUAUAAACGGGCGCUUCAGAUCUGUCGGUGUAAAGAGGCGAUGACGGACUCCAGAGUUAUAUUACUUGAAUACCUCAUCUCAUUCAAAAGUGGCGAGGUGUUCUUAGGUAAUGUGGUUGAGAGAUACAAAUCAAGCACACACCCACUCCCCGAUGUUUUUCAGUUACUCAAACUGUUGUCUAAAACUCCCUCUAAUGCAUCAAAUGGGUGUUCGCCACUCACAAGUCCAAAACAAAUAGCAGAGAACUCACCCAUCUUCGACGAACUUCAUCUUUUCAAAGAAAACCAAAAGUGUUGGAGCAUUACAGGAGAAUUCAACCAAAUCGUUUUAAAAACAAAUGAACGUUUAAAAGGAAUGAACGUGAUGAAAGGACUGGAGUUUGUUAAUGUCGACGCAUUACGAACAGUGAUGCAAUGUUAUGACGUUCGACUUCUGAAAAGUGUUGAGCCGGUUCCUUCAUUCGUUGGGUUUGACAAAAAGUUUUACAUCUCAAGUCUGUUUCGGACAGUCAAACAGAGUUCGGUGGAUGUCGUGAAGUGGCGAGCUUUAUAUCGGCUGUUGGAGAUCUCGGGUAACAUGCCCUUAGAAAUUGCAAUGUAA